AUGGCGGAUAAUCUCCCUUCGGAGUUUGAUGUGAUCGUAAUAGGGACGGGUUUGCCUGAGUCCAUCGUUGCAGCUGCAUGUUCAAGAAGUGGCCAGAGAGUUCUGCAUGUUGAUUCACGAAGCUACUAUGGAGGAAACUGGGCCAGUUUUAGUUUUUCAGGACUGCUUUCCUGGCUAAAGGAAUACCAGGAAAACAAUGACCCUGGAAAUGAAAGUCUAGCAUGGCAAGAGCAGAUCCUUGAAAAUGAAGACAUUAUUGCUCUCAGCAGGAAGGACAAAACCAUUCAACAUGUGGAAGUAUUUUGUUAUGCCAGUCAGGAUUUGCAUGAAGAUGUUGAAGAAGUUGGUGCACUGCAGAAAAAUCACACUUCUGUGAUCUCAGCAAGUUCCACUGAAGCUGCAGAUUCUGCCUGCUUGCCUAGAGAUGAUGAGUCAUUAAGCACUGCAAGCUGUGAAAUGCCCAUAGAACCAAUUCUAAGCCUUGAUCCAGAGAGUAUCCUCAAAGAAAAUGAUGUUCAAAUUUCAGAGGAGAAAGAUCAUUGUGAUGAUAAAACUUGUGUUCCAUCAACUUCAGAAGAAGAUACAAGCCAAACUAUGCCUGUAGCAGAGGAUGCCACAGAGCAACCAAAGAAAAACAGAAUUACUUAUUCACAAAUUAUUAAAGAAGGCAGAAGAUUUAAUAUUGAUUUGGUAUCAAAGGUUUUGUAUUCUCGUGGUUUGCUAAUUGAUCUUCUAAUCAAAUCUAAUGUCAGUCGAUAUGCAGAGUUCAAAAAUAUCACCAGGAUACUUGCAUUUCGAGAAGGAAGAGUGGAACAGGUUCCUUGUUCCCGAGCAGAUGUCUUUAACAGCAAACAACUGUCUAUGGUAGAAAAGCGCAUGUUAAUGAAGUUUCUUACAUUUUGUAUGGAGUAUGAGGAACAUCCUGAUGAAUAUCAAGCCUAUGAGAAGAUGACAUUUUCUGAAUAUUUAAAAACUCAAAACUUAACCCCCAAUCUCCAAUAUUUUGUCCUGCAUUCCAUUGCAAUGGCAUCAGAAAUAGGCAGCAGUACCAUAGAUGGUCUCAAAGCUACCAAAAACUUCCUUCACUGUCUUGGACGUUAUGGCAACACUCCAUUCUUGUUUCCUUUAUAUGGCCAAGGAGAACUUCCUCAGUGUUUCUGCAGGAUGUGUGCUGUGUUUGGUGGAAUCUAUUGUCUUCGCCAUUCUGUUCAGUGCCUUGUUGUGGACAGAGAAUCUAGAAAAUGUAAAGCAAUCAUAGAUCAGUAUGGUCAGAGAAUAAUUUCUAAGCAUUUCCUUGUGGAAGACAGUUACUUUUCUGAGAACACAUGCUCACAUGUGCAAUACAGGCAGAUUUCCAGGGCAAUCCUGAUUACAGAUAGAUCUGUACUUAAAGCAGAUUCUGAUCAACAGAUUUCCAUUUUGACAGUACCAUCAGAGGAACCAGGAACUUCUGCUGUUCGGAUCAUUGAGUUAUGCUCUUCAACAAUGACAUGCAUGAAAGGCACUUAUUUGGUCCAUUUGACCUGUUUGUCUUCGAAAACAGCAAGAGAAGACUUAGAAUCAGUUGUUCAGAAGUUAUUUGCCCCAUAUGCUGAAGUAGAGAUAGAAAAUGAAGAAGUGGAAAAACCAAGACUUCUGUGGGCUAUUUACUUUAAUAUGAGAGAUUCUUCAGAUGUCAGCAGGAACUCCUACAAUGAUUUACCACCCAAUGUUUAUGUCUGCUCUGGCCCCGACUGUGGUUUAGGUAAUGAUCCUGCAGUCAGACAGGCUGAAACAAUAUUCCAGCAAAUCUGCCCUAAUGAAGACUUCUGUCCACCCCCUCCAAAUCCUGAAGACAUUAUCCUUGAUGGAGAUAGUUUUCAGCCAGAAACUUCAGAAGCCAUACAAGACACCAACUCAAAGACUCCCAAGGAAAGUGUACAUCUAGGAAACCCAGAGGAGUCCUCUGAAUAACACUUAUAACACUGGAUACCCCAUUUUGAGCAUUCACUCUUCUCUCAGAAUCUUCUGAGAGAUGGAAGAACUGUGAAAAAUAUUAAAAAUGUCAGUCAGUUAGUUGACAUGCAGAAUUUCCAAGGAAAGAACUUAUAGAAGUCGAAAAGGAUUUUCAUUGAAGAGGAUAUUCUAAGAACACAAAAUACUUAUAAAGGACAUUGACUUGCCUGCUUUAAGAUACCAAACUUUUGUAAUUAUCAUACAAUAAUCACAGAUGUAUUGAGUCCUAUUAAGACUCAUAGUAAUAAAACUAUGGAUAAGAAAAUAAUUCUGUGCAUUAAUAAUUCUGUUGUUCUAGAACAACUUUUGCUUCAGCACUUUAUUCUUUAUUUGAGAGUCAUAUCUUCAAAAUUGGCCUACAUAUUUGCUUUGAUUUUUUGAAUUAUAUUUUCUUCAUGGGUAUGAUUAUCAUGAUACAAUUUAUAAAAGCAUACAUAAAUGUACCUGGGAAACCAAAGUUUUGCCAUAUAGUCAGAGCUUAUGUUUAUAAUAGUCUUUUUUUCUGUUGAUAAAUAUUGAAAAUUGCUCUAUUCAAGUGUUUUGCAUUUUAGAAGCAAAUUAUGAAGUCAUUACUUAUGUUUUAGUUUUAGUGAUAUUUGAAUAUAGGUUAUUUAUACACAGGAAAGCUUAAUAAUGAAAAAAAUUAUAAAAAUGAGUGGAGAAAUUGGAUGGGUUAAUCAGUAUUUGGAAAUUCUAUAAAGUCAAAUAACUGAAGCACAAGCCUAACUGUCUAUGGAAAUUAUUCGUCCUGGCUGUACUACUGAUGAUUUUAGGCAGAUUAAAUAGUGCUGGCCUAUAGUUUAUCCACAUGUAAGGUAGAAAUGGUAUUAUUCUUUCUACUAUCUAGAAUUAUUUUGAAUAUAAGUGCAAUGUCAUUAUAAAAAUAGUUUUUCUAAAAGUUAUUUAAGAAUUUCCCACAGACCUUGGAUGAUUAUUAACAUGCAGUAAAUAAUUGUUUGCUGAAUAGAUCACUCAUUUCAUUAAGCAUUGUUUAGUGAGUACAAACCCAGCAGGGUUUAGGAGCUACUCCUGACUUUGUGCUCAUCAGUCAUUCUUUGAGGUGCUCAGCGGACGUUAUGCAGUACAGGGAUUGAACUAAGGGUUGGCUGAAAACAAGGCCUAAAUAUCUUUAUUAUCUCUCUGACCCUGCAUUCAGAUUUUAAAAUUAAGGAAUCCCAUUCAAAUUUUAAAAGUAAAUCUAUUUCCACAAUUAGAGUUUUAUAGUCUUAUAGACCAAUACACAAGUAAAAUGGAAUUAUAGUCCUUGAAUCUUAAUAGGAAAACCCUCUACAAAUUUUCUUAUUUUUUCUCGUAGGUAAACCUAAAACUUCCAAGGAAUCUGAAUAGGAUAUGGCUAUUGAUAAUCCAUAAUUUAAGGACUUAGCAAAACAUCUUGGGGCUUCAGAUAGACAUUAAAUCUAGUUCUGGUGAUGGUGUACAUGCUAAUUUUUCCCAAAUGCUAAGCUCUGAGAGCUGGAGAUAUGGAUCAGUUAUAGGGCAGUUAAUUGUCUUGCAUAUGAGAGGACUUGAGUUUGAUCCCUGUCAUUGAAAAAAUAAAGUUGAGGCCAGAGUGAUAGCACAGCGGAAGGGUGUUUGCCUUGCAUGAGGCUGACCCGGGUUCAAUCCUCAGCAUCCUAUAUGGUUCCCUGAGCACCACCAGGAGUGAUUCCUGAAUGCAAAGCCAGGAGUGACUCCUGAACAUCGCUGGGUAUGACCAAAAAAUAAAGCUUAAAAAAUGUAAAAAAGAGAAAAAAUAAAGCCAAGCUCUGAGAGUUUCUUUCUUUUUAAACAUUCACUUACACUUAUUUAGAUAAAUUAGAAGUUUGCUUUUUGUA